AUGUUCGUCAGCGGCGCUCAAGCUUCGGCCGACAAGCUGCCUGACGGCGCGGCCGUCAUCGCGCACUGGUCGGUGCUGCGGAGACUGCAGCAGGUGUUGACCACUCAGCGGUACUUUGGUUUUGUCGCCGGCCUGCUGUUCGUGUUCGAAGUCGCGUUGUUGGCCCUCAUCAUUCGAUUCAUUCCAUGUACGUGCGAUGUGCUCAGCUGUGCGCGACGGGGAUGGGCAGGUUGCUGCCGAGGUUUCAAGUUGGGCGUCGUUCGGUAUCCACGUGUCCACUGCGCACGUCCGUUUUUGGCGGCGGGCAAAGUACCCCUGCCCCUGAAUGGUUCAGUUCCACGUUGGGCAUAAGCCAUCGCUCACCGAUCAUCGCCUGUGAUGUUCCACUCGCUCCGUGUUUACACACAGAUACCGAGAUCGACUUCUCAACCUACAUGCAACAGUCGAGCUUGUUCAUCAGCGGCGAGCGACAGUACUCCCUCAUCAAAGGGGAUACCGGCCCACUGGUGUCAGUCCCCCGCGCGGCUCAUUUGAUCGGGUUGCAUCAGAGUUCGCAGUGGGACUGACCGGUACUUGCACGCUGCUCGUCUCAGAUACCCCGCGGGCUUUCUGUAUAUCUAUUCGGGGAUCCAUUACAUUACACGGGGGGGACUCGACAUCAGAACCGCCCAGAGCCUGUUUGCGCAGCUGUACCUCGUCACGCUCGGUUUCGUAUUUGAGAUUCUCCGACGAUGCGGCAGCGUACGUCUACCUGGUCAUGAAGAGGCACACUGACCCACAUGGACACACCCUACUCACUGGAGUUUUCUUAUGUUUCAUCUCAUAUACACAGGUCCCCCCGUACGCUUUGGUGCUGCUGUGUCUUUCAAAGCGACUGCACUCGAUCUACGCCCUCCGGCUCUUCAAUGAGGCGCCGGCGAUGCUACUGUUCUACGCAGCCGUCCUGGCGUGGACGAGGCCGAAUGGUGGCCCCAAGAUUUGGACCACGGGUACUUUGCUUUUCUCGUCAGUUGGCAUCCCCACCUCGCAUCCGAUGUCCUCAGUCAAUCUGCGGCUGAUGUGUGCUUUCCUCUGGGUGCUGUCAGCCUCGCGCUCUCAAUCAAGAUGAACUUCCUGCUGUACCUUCCGGGUCUCUUGUAUCUAUUCUACACGUCCCUCGGUGUUUAUAAGAUGCUUCUGCAGCUCCUCGCCAUCGGAUCGACCCAGAUGUUGCUUGCGGUACCGUUCCUGGGCACGCGAGCAAAGGCAAUCGAUUACUUCGCGACCUCGUUCAACUUUGGUCGCGAUUUCCUGUGGGAGUGGACCGUCAACUGGCGCUGGGUUGGGCAGCCUCUCUUCGAAGGCCGUGGCUUCAGCGAACUCUUACUGGUAUCGCAUGCUGCUAUUCUGAUCGUGUGCGGUCUGACUUGGAGCUGGAAGGAAAGCGGACCAGUAAGGCUGCUGAGGCAAGGGCUCAAACGACCGAACGAAGCGCCUCUCUCGUUCGCGCCGACGCCCGAACGUGAGUACCUGACCACAACCUCCUCCGCUAGAGGAGCACUUUUAUGACAUCCUCGAGGAGUGGCACUGACAAACUAGCUCCGUGCUCCUUGAUUCUCAGGCGUUUGCAAGAUCCUCUUCCUCUCGAAUCUCGUCGGGAUUGUGUUUGCGCGCUCGUUGCACUACCAAUUCUACGCUUGGUAUGCGCAUCAAAUCGUCUUUCUACUAUGGCAGACUGAGUUCAACUUGGUACAAAGGUGCGUCCCUCACAUGCCCCCAUAGGGUCCUCUCAGUAGCCUUUGCUCAUCAGCUCACGAAGGGCCUGCUUUCUUCCCGCGCCCCAGAGUCGGCCUGUGGCUCGCCAUCGAAGUGGGCUGGGAGACCUUUCCGUCGACGACCAAUUCGAGUCUUGCCUUGACUAUAGCAAACCUUGUCAUCAUUGCUGGGGUCUUGUACAAGACGGUGGUCGCCGCGUCGCACUCGGUCUUGGCUCAGGAGAAAUCAGGCUGGCCGGCGGCUUUGGUGGAUUUCGUCACCGAUGACAAGGAAGCAUCGAGUGCCACUGUGAUCGAGUCGUGA